GAAGAGCUGGCUGUGGUUCUUCUAGGGUUUAAGAGAGAGAGAGAGAGAGAGAGAGAGAGAGAGAGAAGGAAGAGCUGGCUGUGGUUCUUCUAGGGUUUAAGAGACACGCAGAGAGAGAGAGAGAGAGAGAGAGAGAUUCCAAUUGCCUUUUCGCUCCGAUUCGGUUCCAACAAAUGGCUUUCUGGGGAAUCGAAGUAAAACCCGGGAAGCCCUACACUCACAAAUCUGACGACUCGAAUGGGCGGUUACACAUAUCGAUGGCAACACUGGCGCUUGGUACGGCCACAGCGAAAAGUGUACUUCAAUGUAAUGUGGGAAACAGGAGUCCUGUUUAUCUUUGCGCUUUGUAUCCUGUGAGUUCUGAGUCGUUGCAACUAAAUUUGGAAUUUGAGGAGGCAGAUGACGUUGUUUUCUCUGUUAUUGGUCCUCGAAGCGUUUUCCUCACUGGUUACUAUCUGCGCGGUGCUGGGCAAGAGUUAGAACCUUGUGGGGAAGAUAUUGUUGACACGGAAACAGAGAGGUCUGAGGAUAGUGAUGAAGACGAGUAUGAAGAUAGUUUUAUCAACGAUGAUGAUCUGGAAGUGUACCCACCUUCUCCCGUUUCUGAUGGUGGAGAGAUAUUGGAUAAUGAGAAACCCAAGAAUAGGAAGGAUAGUCGUAUACGGCUUAGGAAGAAGUACCAAAUCUGUGAGUCUGACGAUGAGGGAUGUUCUCAACAAAAAGAUACAGUGAAAGGUAGCAGCAGUGAGCUAGCAUUGCAAAGUGAAGAUGAUGACAGCGUCCCAAUUUCAUAUCUCUACAAGAGUAAAACCACCGCAAAUAAAACAACAGAGGAAGUUGAAGGAAACACUAACAAGGAAACAUGUGAAACCAGUAAUAAGAAGACAGAAGAUGGAAAUUAUGUUAUUGAACCAACAAGAACAGCUGACAAUGUUGUUUCAGGUCAGCCGAAAAUUACCAUAGAAAAAACAACAGAGGAAAUAGAAGGAAAGACUGACAAGGGAACAGGUGAAACGAGUGACCAGAAGGCAGAAGAUGAUGGAAAUUAUGCUAUUCAACCAAAAAGAAAAGCCCAUGAUGUUUUUAUAGAUGGUCAGUCUAAAACCACCAUGAAGGAAAGAACAGAGGAAGUCGAUGGCAGAGCUGACAAGGGAACAGGUGAAACGAGUUACAAGAGGACAGAAGAACUUGAACUGUCAGAUACUGUUAUGCUGCCUUCCACUGAAGUGGGCUGUGAAGAUGGUGAAAGGCCUAAGAAGAAAAGGAAAGAACGGGAAAAGGAGGAGAGGACAUGUGAAGCUGAAAGUAAGCAUUACAAUUUUGUUAAGGAGGAUAAAGCCCAGCAAAAUGAGUCAAAUGCUGAGAACAGGGUCCAAGAUUUUCCUUUAAGAGAUAAGGCAGCCAAUGAUAACAGGGAAGCUGAAUUGCUGGAUAAAUUUUUUCUGCCUUCCACUAAAGUGGGGUCUGAAGAUGGUGAAAAACCAAAGAAGAAAAGGAAAGAACGUCUCAAGGAGGGGAAAGCAUUUGGUAAGGACAGCAAUAUUGUUAAAGAGGAUAAAGUGCAGCAAGAUGAGGUCAAGGCUAACAAUAUGAUCCUAGGAUCUCUCAGGGAAGUUGAACUGCCUGAAAAUCCUUUGCUGCCUUCCACCAAAAUAGGCUCUGAAGUUGGUGAAAAACUUAAAAAGAAGAGUAAACAACAGGCAAGGGAUGUAAAAAUUUCUAAAACUGACAGUAAGCAUAACAACGGUGUCAGGGAAGACAGAGCUCAGCAAAAUGAAGCAAAGGCUAAUGACAUUGUCCAGGGUCUGCCAAUGACAGACGAACAAAAUCAGAAUUUAGCCAAUGACAAGAGUUUUGACAGCAAUGUUCGUGAAUUUGAUGAUGAAAAUCAUUCCAAGGAGAAGAAUAUUAAGAAGAAGAAAAAGAGUAGAACCCAGGAGAAUGUGGAAGCUGUGAACAAGAAUAUAUCCCUUCUGUCAGUAGACAAGAUUGAGAACAAGGAAGUUAAUGACAAGUCGUCUCAAGUUCAGACCUUGUCUAAUGGAUUAAUGAUUGAGGUGCUAGAAAUGGGUAAACCAGACGGCAAAGUUGCUGCUUUUGGGAAAAAGAUCAGCAUCAAUUACAAUGGCAAGUUGAAAGAGAAUGGAGAAUCAUUUGACUCAAAUGUUGGUGCUGCUCCCUACAAGUUUCGCCUAGGUGUGGGAAAAGUGAUCGAGGGUUGGGAUAUCGGUCUCGAUGGGAUGCGAGUAGGUGAAAAGAGAAGACUUAUCAUCCCACCAUCAAUGGGUUUUGGGAGUGAAGGAUGUGGUGAAAACGUACCACCAGACUCAUGGCUGGAAUAUGACGUGGAAUUAGUUAAAGUCCAUUGAUUUGUAAAAAACCCAUGUGUUGCUUACUGAGAGCUGGCUUUUUGUGUUUUGUUCAUAUCUGUUUUGGGAUGAAAUUACGCAGCCUUUUGUCUCUCACUUGUAGUUGGUUCUCAUUGAUUUUGAUUCAACUUUCAUAACAAAUUAUAGAAGAUACUUCAUUUAACUUCAUGUCCUAUUGUGAAAAGGUACUUGAGGCAGGAUUUGCAAAAGAAACCACAGGCUGGGUGUUGGCGCAGCCAAGUAAGAAGUAAUUACAAUGGUACGCACGCUUUACCGUUCUCACCUAUUCAUGUAUAAAGUCACUUGGGCUCUAGAUGACUUGUGCAAAAUUGUGACAAAGUUGUGGCAAAUUUUGUUGAAAGCUUGUAUUUUAAGUGAAAGACUUACGUAUGAAUGAUAUGAGCAGACUGAGAAAGGUGCUUCAUAGUCAAAUGAAGAAAGAUUGGUUUUUGGAAA